AUGGAAAACUUACCUUUUUUUUGUUGCUCAACUCCAAGGGAAUCCUCUCCCGAGCACGACUCUGGAAUCCAUUUGACUCCAGAGUCUGGAUACUAUGAAGAGAAGACGUCCUAUACUCAUAAUAUCUCAGAUUUUUAUGAAAGAUAUCUUCAAAACACUAAUCUUGACGGCUCUUUCGAGUCCGGAUCACAGUCUCAAAAAUCGGAGGAUCUUUUCUCCAGAGAAGAUAUGCAAUCACAAACUUUUUCUGAAACAUCUAUGCAAACGAUCGAAGAAGAAGUUUAUUAUAAGAAUUUGGCGGAAGAGUUUAUGGGGCCUCCAGUCGAAACGUCUCUAUCUCAAGAGUCGCAAACGAAUUUUACUCAAGAGAUAAAUGAAGCCGUUGAUGACGGUCAAUUGUACCCGAACUCCCAACACUAUUAUCGAGAAAUGGCGGAAGAAUUUGAACGGGAAGAAGAAAUGAUUCAUCCAGACAGCCAAAGACCAGAGUCCCAGCAAUGGUCGAGCCAACUUAGUGAGUCCUAUGCAAUCUUUGAAAAAACCGAUUCCGACCAGUGA